AAAUUGAAAUCAAUACUUUUACGAUAACGUCCUUUUAAAGACUGAUUUUAUACAUUUGCGUGAAAGCAAAGUGAUGCAAAAACUUACAAAAACAAAACAAUCACAACCACAAAAAAAUAUUAAAAGAGUGCGAGAACAAAUCAAUUAAACCAAGUAACCAACUUCAAUAAUAAUUCAAUCAUGAAAUUCGUGUGUGCUUUGUGUCAGUGAAACCACCAAAUGGAGUUCAAAUUAGCGAUCGAUUUAAUCGUUUUAUUUUCAGUUCUAUUUCCGUUUCAUUUAUGUUCGCCUUCUCAUUGUGUUUUCUUUUCGUGUGCAUUUUUGUUUGAUUUUACGCGUGAAAAUGUUGUUAGCAAUGCGUCGCGAGAAUGAACACCACCACGCCGCAGUCACAGCCACAGUACCGCCAAUCGUUACAGCAGCCAGCGCCGUCGUCAACGUCGCCACCACAGAGUCAGCACCGGUUAGUGUGUCGGCCACCACGAAUGGUCUUGUAGUGCCCUGUGUUAGUACAACACUUCAGCUGUCACCCAACUUAAGUGUCGCCGCAAACGCAACUUCUUGUACCAUACAACACCAUCAUCUGUUGCAGCAACAACAAUUGCAACAGCAACAGCAAGAACUUCAACAACAACACGCACAACAUUUGCAGCAACAACAAGCGGACUCAUUAAAUACACCCACAACACCGUUGCUCAACUUGGGUCGUAGUCCUUUACAAUUUCCACCGCCCCCACCACCACCGGUACCCGUACAUGCCGGGCCACAAUUCAGUUUCUAUACACCUAGUACGGGUGCAGCCACUUACCUGCAUCCGCAUUAUCCACUGCCCUCAGCUGUACCAACGUCUGUUGGUACUUCACUGGUGCCAGUCAACACCGGAAGCGCCUCUUUGGCGAAUGGCGCACAACUUUCCAGCUCAGCCCAGUCGACGGAAUUAGACGAAUACGUUGACAUCUUACAAGUACAGCAACUAUUAUUGGACUCAUCAGCGUCCGCCAGUCAGCAGCAGGCAUUGGCCGCAGCUAAUGGCGCUAAUACGAGUACUAGUGGUAUAACUGCGACAACGAGCUCACAACAAAGUUUGCCCAAACCACGACCGCGUUUAAAUCUGCAAAAGGCUUCGGAAUACGCUGCUCAAGUGCAAGCGGAGUCACCAUCUUCUCGUCGCAUGCUACUCGAUUAUCCCAGUCCAUAUUUGUACGGUAAUCAUUAUCACUCGUCGCCCAGUGAGGACCUCGUUGCCCUCUGGUUCGGCAGCAAUGGCUCAGUUACUGAGUGGGAAAGCCGUGAUAAAAACGUCUCCAAAUAUGAAAUAAAUUUCAUAAGCCUGUUCCUGCAAGCAAUACGUGUGCGCUAA